AUGGCACCGCCUAAACCACCAUCAGCGACCCGCCUUCAGGGCGUUUCGAUAAUGCGUCCAAUCGUCUACGGCAAUACCGCGACACUCUUAAAUAAGGACCAACCCCAUCCGACAGCUUCGCCAGACCACACCCAUGAAUGGACGAUAUCAGUCCAGGGCGUCAAUGGAGAGGAUAUAUCCUAUUUCGUGAAGAAGGUGAUGUUCAAGUUACACGACACUUACGCGAAUUCAAUGAGAACCGUCGAGAGCCCACCAUUCGCCGUAACAGAAACAGGAUGGGGAGAAUUCGAUAUCGCCAUCAAGGUCUUCUUCGUACCAGACCCCUCCGCUGCCGUCGCAACCGAAGGAAAACCCCUCCAAGUCUACCACCACCUCAAACUCCACCCCUACGGUCCCGACGCGGAGAGAAUCAAAGCCGAAGGACUCCCAGUAUCAUCCUGGUCCUACGACGAAGUGAUAUUCAACGAGCCGACCGAGGCGAUGUGGGACGUCCUCAAACAAGGAACCCCUGGGAUGCCGCUUGUGGGGAGUGAUGGGUUGGGGGUUUUCUCGAGGGAGACGGAGCAGGAGGAGUGUGAUCGGUUGCAGGCGGCGUUGAUGAAGGUUAGUGAGAUGACGAGACAGCAGAAAAAUGCGAUUUUGGAGAUGGAGAGGGCGGUGAAGAGGGAGAUGGAGGCUUCGUAA